AUGUCGAACACACAGCCGUGCAAGUUGGUCUUUGGAGCCGCAGGGCCACUUUGGCGACAACAUGCUCCGCAAGUCGUCGAACUGCUCCGUGAGGCUGGCGUCAAUGAGAUCGACGUGGCACAGGUGUAUCUCGACAGCGAGAAGACAGCAGGCGAUGUCGGGGCGGCGCGCUACUUCAGAAUCGGCACUAAAGAGUUGGGCUGCGGUGGGCUUAUUGUCGGGGAUGGGCCAGCAACGAAGGAGAACGUCAUUCGACGCGCCUUGCACAGUCUCGAGCUCCUCAAGGUGGACCACGUUGACAUUUUCUAUAUCCACGGACCAGACCGUACCAUCCCGUUUGAAGAAACACUCGAGGGAAUCGAUGCGCUUCAUCGGAUGGGCAAGUUCAAUCACUUCGGGCUGUCCAAUUUCCUCCCCGAUGAGGUUGAGAAAGUCGUCAAGAUAUGCCGCGAAAGGAGAUUUGUGCCUCCAACUGUCUACGAAGGCAAUUACAACCCUAUAGCCCGGAAGCCUGAGACCCUGUUAUUCCCAAUGCUGGAGAAAUACGGCAUCACUUUCUAUGCCUACUCGCCCUUGGCCGGUGGGUUCCUUGCAAAGUCCAAGGAGGACGUUCUUGCCAAGAAAUGUCCCAAAUUUGAUGCGAACAGUGGGCUUGUCGGCCUGAUCUACUCAACUCUGUACAACAAGCCAUCGCACCUGGAGGCACUCGAGGAGUGGACUGCAAUUAGUAAAAAGUCCGGUAUCCCCCAGGCAGAGCUGGCUUAUCGCUGGACUGCCUACCAUAGCCUGCUGGACAGGCAGCGCGGUGACGCCAUGCUCUUCGGGGCUUCGUCGCUCCAGCAGCUCAGACAGACACUCGAGGGACUGAAGAGGGGACCCCUGCCACCCGAUGUGGCAGGAGCCGUAGAGAAUGUCUGGCGCCUUGUCGAACACGACGCUGGAUUCGACAACCUCAAUCUUAACAGUUUUGAGGCGGCUGAUGCUCCCGACUUCAAGGCCAUGUAUGACCAAGCGCAUGAAGGUCAAAAGUUUCCUGUGCAGGUGGUUGCUGAACAGAGAGUGGAGAUGGUCUGA